CUGCCUCAUGGGAAUUGUAGUUCUCACAGUUUCCAGUCUGUGGUCAGACAGUUACCACGGGACUCCUUUCCCGUGCUUCUCUGCGCGGUUCCACUUGGACUGGUUCUGAGAGGGUGAGGAGUUUGCGCGAGCUUGGGAGCGGCCACUGAACCUCGCGGCGCCCACGGAGGGCUGCGACGAGGAGCUACCACCAUGAUCACCGGCAUCUUCGGCAUACGCGUGUGGGCCCCGGUGGGCGCCCUGACCUCGCUGGCGUACUUCUUCCACCGGCAGCGAGUAGCUUUGGCGGAGCGGCGGCCAGCCGACGGCCAGCGUCCUAUUGACCGCAGCUUGCUGGAGCUGAAAAUGGUACAGGUCGUGUUCCGACACGGGGCGCGGAGUCCUCUCAAGGCGCUCCCGCUGAAGGAGCAGGUAGAAUGGAGCCCCCAACUAUUAGAGGUCCCUCCUCAAACUCAGUUUGAUUACACAGUCACCAAUUUAGCUGGUGGUCCCAAGCCACAUUCUUCUUAUGACUCUCUCUACCGCAAGACCACCCUGAAGGGGGGCAUGUUUGCUGGGCAGCUGACAAAGGUGGGCAUGGAGCAGAUGUUUGCCUUGGGAGAGAGACUGAGGAAGAAAUAUGUGGACACCAUCCCCUUUCUUUCACCAUCCUUCAAACCCCAGGAGGUCUUUAUUCGUUCCACUAACAUGUAUCGGAAUCUGGAGUCUACUCGUUGUUUGCUGGCUGGCCUUUUUCAGCGUGAUAAAGAAGGAUCCAUCAUCAUCCACACUGAUGAGGCAAGCUCUGAAGUCCUGUACCCCAACUACCAGAACUGCUGGGGCUUGAGGCAGAGAACCAGAGGCCGAAGGGAGGCUGCUGCUUUGCAGCCAGGGAUCUCAGAGGAUUUGAAGAAGGUGAAAGAAGAGAUGGGCUCUGACAGUAGUGAUGAAGUGGACUUCCUCAUUCUCCUAGACAAUGUGGUUGCUGAGCAGGUACACAAUCUGCCCAGCUGCCCCAUGCUGAAGAGAUUUGCACAGGUGAUUGAACAGAGAGCUGUGGACACAGCCUUGUACGUCCUGCAACAGGAAGACAGGGAAGGUCUACAGAUGGCAGUUGGCCCAUUCCUACACAUCCUGGAAAACAACCUACUGAAGGCUGCAGAACCCGCCUCUCCACCUAGUAAGACCAGAAAGCUGUACCUCUACGCAACUCAUGAUGUGACCCUCAUGCCUCUCUUAAUGGUUCUGGGGACUUUUGACCACAAAUGGCCUCCAUUUGCUGCUGAUCUGACUAUAGAACUCUACCAGCACCAGAAGUCUAAGGAAUGGUUUGUGCAGCUCUAUUACCAUGGAGAGGAGCAGCUGCCAAGAGGUUGCCCUGACAAGCUUUGUCCACUGGACCAAUUCUUGAACACCUUGUCACUUUAUUCCUUGAGCCCAGAAAAAUACCACACACUCUGCUCCCAAGCACAGGAACUGGAAUUUGGAAAUGAAGAGUGACUGAUUCACACAAAUAACUUGAUUUUUAAAUACAAGCUUUCUAUCA